AUGACUUUUGUACACUGUAGGAUGAUUGCAGAAGCGUUUCUUAACUUAGACAAAAAAUCCCCCUGCUGUGCAAAACUGAAUCGAAUUCUUGCACAAAGUUCAGCAAUAUACUUGGGUAAGUCAGGAGGAUGUCUUGCAGCCACGAACUUUUCAAACCAGUUUCCUUUGAAUAAUAUCUUAGGACCUCAUACAUCUGUUGGAAUGAUGAGAACCAAUAAUCUUUCAAAACUCUACUCUUUUGCUGGCAAAUCAGGAAGGCCACUAAGGAGACUGCAUCAAUCUAAAGGAAGUGUUCCUGUUGUAUAUGAGUUCUGGAGGAAAGUUUUGGUAGGUAAAGGUGAUCUUCUUUUUUACCCUAAUUAUGAGAAUAGGGUAUUACUUCACAAUUAGCAAAGCAAAAUAUAGGAUGAUGUUCAUUCUCGCUAUUUACUAAACUCUACAGCUUUCUUUGUUUAUAUUUUGUCAGAGAUCAACAAAUUCUAGAAUUGCUCUUUCUCUUAAUUCAAUUACAGCUGGG